CAUGCCAGGACAGGAGGUGAACUCACACAGGCAGAAACUGGAGAAAUGACCGGGAACUGAUUUUUCUUUUUUCACCUGCCAACAAGAAAUGAAAAUAUGGCAGCUGGAGGCACMAAGUCCUUUCGUCGUGUUGGAAGUCUCCUGCGGAGUAAAUCUGAGAGCACACUGAUUGAUCUGAGUGACAAUGGCCCAACCAGUGACAAUCAGAAAGGUGGAUUAUUAGAAAGGACACAAACAUCAGACUGGCAGCUUUCAUAUCCAGAAGUUUCAGAGACGUCUGAUAUUAAAAACCCAUUCUGGAAAAAACUAUCUGCAUCAAACCCUUUCCUUGAUGAUAUUGUAYACAGCAACUCAGACCAUCAUGAAAACAACACAUCAAAUGGAAACCAAGAAAGUACAGAAAAUCUGGACACAAACAAUGAGGACACCUUCAGCACUUCUUCAGAUGAAGGCAACGUGGGGAACUUUUUGGAGAACAAGCACAAAGCAAGCAAUCAGUCUGGGAGAUGGAGAAGCGCUUCAGAUAUCCUGGAUGACCUGGAAAGAAAAGAGCCAAAGAACAAGAGUGACUUCAGACCACCCGAACCUGUGCUAAACCCAGACUUUGAGUGGCUGAAGAAUGACAGAGAGGCCUAUAAGAUGGCCUGGCUCAGCCACAGACAGCUGACCAGAUCAUGCUUGGACUUAAACAUGAUAAGCCAGAGCCCUGGAUGGUCUCAGACCCAGGCCACUAACUUUCAAGUUAUCUCCAAGAUCGACCACAGAGGAGGCUCAGUUCAGUUACCAGAGUCCAAAAUCAGCAUCCAAGUACCACAAGGACACRUGCCUCCUGGAGAAGUGCAGGAGAUUACACUGAAAGCAAUGUUGGACCCUCCUCCUGGACUCAACAACAACUACAUAACAACCAUGAGUCCACUUCUUGAGGUGCUCCUCAGCAACAUCAACACAAACGAGUGUUUGUCUGUGGAGAUAAAAUUGUCCGGAGAGGUCAAGAACGAUCCGGAGGUUCAGAAGAUGACCGCUGUGUAUGGACUGAUGUCCAACAAAAGAGAGGGGCCAUAUGUCAAAAUGAGCAACUGUGACAUUCAGAAAAACUUCAUACAGCUGAAACUCCAGGACUUAAAGACACGUUUCUUUGCAGUCGCUGUUGCCGAGGCUCUUUCUCUGAAACCCCCUGCCACGUCUGUUUGGGAUUACCUUGACCGCCACAUUACCGUGGCCGUCUACGGCCCAAGGUACAUCCAUCCGUCUUUCAAAGUUGUAGUGGUCGUCUGCUGUCAUGAGGACGUUCCACCUAAACUUCCCUUUUCAGAUAUUUGCAGGGGCAACAAAACCCUACCUCCACUUGUGCUUCAGCUUUGGGGUAAACAUUCUUAUAAACCAGAUGUGCUGAAUGACUUUUUCAUUAAGGUUGGCAUCAAAGACUCUGUGUUUAGAAUCAAACCUGAGGAUAAAGUGAAACAAGUGAGACAGAAACGAUUGAAAAUAGGGACUGUUCUGCAUUUACCAGUUGCAGUAUCGUGUUCUGGCCCCAAACAAAUGGCUCCUUUUGUGUUGGAUGUAUGUGUAGAGGAAUCAAGCUCGUCUUCAGCUUGUUUUCAGGUGUCUUCCCCUCCUGUAGCACCCAUCAGAUCUGAGAAGAGGUUGCCGAGGCAUGCAGAAGAUAAGACAGAAAUAGCAAAAACCCUGCCUAUCCUUGAGGAAAGUGAUCCCAAUUUAGCUAAAUUCACAAACAGACCUGUACAUGUUCAGUGGUACGGCAUUGCCCUAAAGUCCGUCAUCCGUCAGCCUCACGUGGAUUACCUGCUGGAAUACUUCAAAGGUGACACAGUGGCGCUCCUUUCUAAAGACACUGUCAAGUCAGUUGGUAAUUUGAAGGUCAAAGAGUGGUACAUUGGAUUCCUCAGAGGAAAAAUUGGCUUGGUUCACUACAAAAACAUCAAACUCAUAACCAAGGAUCAGGUGAUUGGCUUCACCACUGCUGAUCCUUGUUUAACAUCAGAGAUCCUCUUAGACAACAUGACGGUGCCCUUCAAGAAGCUUACGUACAUGCUAUCUGCCAUCCAGACAUUGGUCACAGAACAUAUCACAAGCUGGAGAAGUUUUGCAGAUGCUUUAGGGUAUAGAGGCCAGCCUGUUGACACCAUUAAAAGGAGAAAUGCUGAAACUGAAGCUGACAAAGUGGCCAGUGUUCUGGAAAAGUUGAAAGAAGACUGCCAUACUGAGAAGGACAGGAAAAAGUUUCUGCAUGAACUAAUGCUGGGGCUGCUGAAAAUGAACGCUGUGACUCUCGUGGCAAAGGUCAUUCAGAACACGGUCAUUCUGUCUACCGCCGUGGAGCUGGGCAUCCGAUGGCGGGAGCUCGCUGAGAGGUUAGAAAAACUGACCAGCUCUCACAUUGCUGGUUACGAAGCACCACAUCGAGGGAAGAAUGGUGAAAUCGGUUUGGAGUCCAUGUGGAAGCCCGCCUAUGACUUUCUGUACUCCUGGAGUCUGCGUUACGGAGACAGCUACAGAGACAUGAUCCAGGAUCUGCACCUGGCCCUGGAUAAAAUGAAAAACCCCGUCACCAGACAGUGGAGACACCUGACCGGGGCACUCAUCACUGUGAACUGCCUCGAUGUCUUACAAGACUCUGCGUUCCCCAAACCUUAAACCUUUUUGCACUCCGCUGAACAAACAAGAACUGCUGAACGUGUUGGGCUUUGUGUGAACUGCAACUUUGUGGAAAUUGUCAGACACGUGCACUUCAUGUUUUCUAUGCACGUUAAAUAUCCCUAAAACACAAUUUUCAGUCAAAUCUUUCAUGUGGUGUAUGAACUUUAGUCUUAAUCUAUCCUUCUAUGUUAGUGUAAUUUAUCUCUAGUUAACUCUUCAACUCUCAUGAAGUAAAUAGCAGGUUUUAAAGUGUUUACCCACUUAGUUUUUUUCUAAAACAUAUCAAACCAGUAACUCUGUUUGGUGUUUGUUUUAAAAUGAGGGUUCACUUUGUCUUUAUGCCUGCAGUGAGAUUCAGUUUGUUUAUAAAAUAUUGGGUUUUUUUUAGAACAUAUUAUAAGUUGGUUUAUGAACAAAACGUGGAUAAAUGUGAACAGGGUUGCUAAACUUCUCUAGAAAAUACAAAUAAGCUGACAUAGGUGGUUUUAUCCCCCCCACCCCCCAAAAGUUUUUGUAAUAAUGUUAAAAUAAUUUGCCAAAGUUAAACUUGUGUGACACUAUAGGACACAAAAUAAACUUCCAUCUGUGUGUCAUGAAGUA